AUGAGUGAGGCUAAUUAUAGGGUUGCAUGGGAGGUUUUGGUCGAUCGGUUCUCCAACAAUUAUCUCCUCAAAAAACGUCAUCUUAAUGCGUUGUUCGAGUACCCAAGGAUGAAGAAGGAAUCAGCUGCUGGUCUGCACGAUCUAAUUGAUUGUUUCGAGCGCAACACAAAAAUCCUGGACCAGUUAGGUGAAAGAACGAGUGGUUGGGGAGCAAUGUUAGUCCAUUUAUUGGUUUCCAAACUGGACGAAGUUAUUCAGAAACGGUGGGAAGAAAUUGUGACACCAGAUAAGGAACCGUCAUUUGGGUCGUUGGUCGAUUUCCUCAAAAAGCAAACCCGGGUGUUAGAUGCGGUUUCGGUCGAUCAGCGUAUGUUUUCAACGACAACGUCAUCUAGCAUAAGCAAAUUCCGACCCACGAAAGUUUCGGUCAACUCGGCGACUGAAACGAAGUCGCCGAACUGCUUCGCCUGUAAUGAAAAGCAUUGGAUUACGCAGUGCCCAACUUUCGCAAAUUUAGGAAUAGAUAAACGGCUGCAGCUCACUAAUUCCAAGCGGCUCUGCAGUAAUUGUCUUGGCCGGAAUCACUUGGCACGGGACUGUCCAUCAAAAUAUCGUUGCAGAACGUGCUCGAAGAAGCACCAUACGUUGUUGCAUCCUGGGUUUCCUGGUUCUGGUUCUGUUCCCACUUCUAUUUCUACUUCGGCAACGAAUGAAAACGUAAAUCCUUCUACAUCAUCAUCAACUGGCGGUGCUUCGAACUCUGGUGAAUCUGUUUCUAGUUCGAUGGCAUUAAUUUCAUCCAAUUCGGCGGUAGGGCAGGCUAAUUCGCAUAUAUUUUUGCUCACGGUAUUGCUCAAUGUGAAGGACGUUUGGGGAAGGAUACAUCAGGCAAGGGCGCUUCUAGACUCCGGAUCACAGGCCAACUUGAUGUCGGCAAAUCUCUGCAAGCUGCUUCAACUUUCAAGGCGGGACAAAAAGGUGGAAAUAACUGGUAUUGGUCGAUCACGAAAUCGCACGGCUUAUGAAGUCUCCACUACAAUUUCUUCUCGGACGGAGAAUUUCUCAACUUCAAUGGAAUUUCUGGUGUUAGAGCAGCUCACUGACGAUCAGCCAUCAUACUCGAUUCCGAUGCGAGAAUGGAAACCUCCGGCUGAUAUGGUUUUGGCUGAUCCUGGUUUUAACGUUUCUGGUCCGAUCGAUUUGGUCUUAGGUACCCAAUACUUCUAUGAUUUCCAUAUAAGCGAUGGUGGCCGGUUGCAAACUCGUAAAUUCGACAAUACGCUCCCAGUAUUUGUCAAUACGGUAUUUGGAUGGGUAGCAGCUGGCGAGGUUACAUGUAUGGAAGGGCAGUCGCGGGUUAGUUGCCAUAUUGCGAAGGUGGAAUCUUUGGACAAGGCAAUCGAACGGUUUUGGGCAGUGGAAGAAUUUACGGUUAAAACACCACGCUCACAGGAAGAGGAAGAUUGUGAGACACAUUUCGUUAACACAGUCUCUCGUGAUGACACUGGCAGGUAUAUUGUGCGGUACCCUAAGCACAUGAAUUUCAACAGCAUGAUUGGUGAAUCGAAACAGAUGGCUCUCCGAAGAUUUCAUCACACUGAAAGACGAUUGAAACUAAACUGUGAUCUGCGAUCGCAGUACAGUGACUUCAUGAUGGAGUACAUUGAGCUGGGUCACAUGAAGUGCAUUGGAGUGGCGGAUGACUCAAGCUUGGAUGAAGGCAAAAUUGUCUGCUAUCUUCCACACCAUCCUGUAUUUAAGGAAACAAGCUCAACGACGAAAAUGCGUGUGGUCUUCGACGGAUCAGCGAAAACUUCCACGAACUAUUCGCUCAAUGAAGCUCUACUUACAGGGCCAACUAUUCAAGACGAACUACUUGAAAUAAUGAUUCGAUUCCGGAAACAUGCCGUUGCCCUGGUGGCGGACGUUGCAAAAAUGUACCGUCAAAUUCUGAUCCAUGAUGACGAUAAACCGCUCCAACGAAUUCUUUGGCGAUUCGAUCCUUCGGAUCCAAUAGCAGUUUACGAGCUACAAACUGUCACUUACGGAUUGUCUCCAUCGUCGUUUCUCGCUACCCGGGUACUGAAGCAACUGGUUUUGGAUUUGGGUGAAAAAUACGAGCAUGCAGCCAGCUCCGUGGAAGAAGAUUUUUAUAUGGAUGACUUCCUGUCGGGUGCAGCCACGGUGGAAAAGGCAAUACUGCUUCAAAAGGAAGUGCAAAAUUUGUUGGAAGAAGGAGGUCUAGAGCUUCGGAAAUGGUCUUCAAAUAAUUCGGAUGUCUUGAAAAAUGUUCCUAACGAGGCUCUUGUCGGUGAUACAACUCUACACUUUGGAGAAGAUCAGAGAAUAAAAACGCUUGGUAUCGGAUGGGAAACAAAACCAGAUCAUCUUUGCAUCGAGGUUCAACCAUCGUCAGAAGAAUGUAUUUGGACAAAACGGAAGAUAUUUUCUACGAUUGCCAAGCUGUACGACCUGCUUGGACUUGUUUCGCCAGUCAUCGCAUGGGCAAAAAUCCGAAUGCAACAUCUUUGGCUAACCGCUGUUGAAUGGGACGAUCCAGUUCCGGAGGAAAUCGCAAGCAAAUGGAUGGAUUUUGUGGCACAGUUGCCGAUUCUGAACGACUAUAAGGUACCUCGCUUCAUCUUUCUGCCGGAUUUUGUCUCUAUACAGUUCCAUGUAUUCACCGAUGCAUCGGAAAUUGGAUAUGGUGCCUGCAUCUAUGCGCGCUCUAUCAACAAGGCGAAGCAAAUCAAAAUUGAGCUCAUAGCAGCCAAAUCACGGGUGGCACCACUCAAGCGCGUUAGCUUACCUCGGCUCGAACUCUGUGCUGCACUCCUGGGAGCAAAAUUAUAUGCUAAAGUUUCAGCAGCACUCAAGAUGGAAGGAGUUUCUUGUUGGUUCUGGUCAGAUUCAAUGGUGACGCUUCAUUGGAUUCAGGCCCCACCUAACACAUGGCAAACCUUCAUAGGGAACCGGACUGCAGAGAUUCAACAGUUAACCCACGGGCACAGCUGGAAUCACGUGAAAGGAACUGAAAACCCGGCUGACUUGAUUUCACGUGGAAUGCUUCCUCAAGAUUUCUCCGUCACCACUGUGUGGCGCUGCGGUCCAUCAUGGCUCUCGAACGAGGAGGAAUAUUGGCCUAAGCACCCAACUGGUACGCCACCCGAGGAUCUACUAGAACGCCGAAAAACAGCACUCGUGAUUCAACAAACACCAGAGCAUAACUUUCUAUUCCACCGUUAUUCAAGCUUUUGGCGUUUACUUCGGAUUACUGCCUUAAUUCUUCGUUUUGUGAAUCGAUGUCGUCGCAAACCUAAUUGCCACCCAAACCUAUUCGCUUCAGUAGGAGAACUAGAGCAAGCUAAGGAAACAUUGUCGAAAUUGGCGCAACAGGAAGUAUUUGUGGAAGAGUGGAAACAACUGGAUAAAACGCGAACCGUCUCCAAAAAGUCAUCUUUAAAACUACUUGGCCCGUUCCUCGAUGAAAAGGGAAUCAUUCGACUCGGUGGACGACUUGAACACUCCUCCGAGAACUACCACACAAAGCACCCUAUAAUUUUACCAAAAUUCCACCCACUCACACGCCUCAUAACACAGCACUAUCACGAACAAUGCAUGCAUUCCGGUCCUCGCAUGACCUUAGCUACAAUGCAUCAAGAAUUCUGGCCAGUUAACGGAAAGACAAUCGCCAAUUUUGUGUGUCGCAAAUGUCCGCAAUGCUAUCGCCUAAACCCUGCUCCAGUUUCUCAACCCGUUGGCCAAUUGCCAAAGUCCCGCACAGCACCAUGUAGAGCUUUCACCGUAGUUGGAGUGGACUACUGCGGACCCGUUUACUUAAAACCAGCGCACCGACGAGCAGCACCACGGAAGGCAUUCAUUGCCGUAUUUGUUUGUUUCGCCUCCAAAGCCGUGCAUCUGGAAUUGGUCUGUGACCUAUCCACAGAGGCCUUUAUUGCAGCCUUACGUCGCUUCAUCGCACACCACGGGAUGCCAGCAGAAAUCCAUUCGGACAACGCGAAACACACCAGAGAAUCAAUCAACCGAGAAUGCAGCAAACACCGAAUUCAGUGGCACUUCAUUCCGCCAAGAGCACCAACCUUCGGCGGUCUAUGGGAGGCCGCUGUGAAAACCGCGAAAACAACACUGAGAAAAGUGCUCGGAAAAACGCAGCUGUCCUACGAAGACUACGCAACAGUGCUAGCACAAAUCGAGGCAAACAUGAACAGCCGACCGCUUACGUCCUUAUCCAUCGACCCUAUUGAGCUAGAUGUCCUCACUCCCGGUCAUUUCAUCAUCGGGGCACCGCUCAUAAGCCUCCCGGAACCAAACUACGUGCAAAUUCCCACCAACCGACUAAACCACUACCAACAGUUGCAAAAAUUGGUCCAGCAGCACUGGGAUCGCUGGAGGAAAGAAUACCUCACAGAACUGAACCAUCGUCGAGAGAAAACAACACUUCCCAUUGAUGUCCACAUCGGCCAAAUGGUUUUUGUUCAGGAGGACGGCAAACCUACCAUCGAUUGGCCUAUUGCACGCAUCGAACAAAUUCAUCCUGGAGCAGACGGAGUAGUAAGGGUCGUAACUUUGCGAACAGCUAGUGGAACCUACAAACGACCUGCGACCCGAAUUUUUCCUCUUAAUUUCGACCAGCAACCGAUGAAUGCCGUAGCCGAUAUUUCCGAUACGCAGUUAGCUGAAAAUAUAGAUAAUUAA